AUGACAAGCGCUUCAUUAAUUAACACUGUUGGCGCUAUAGGGAAUGUUAUCUCCUUCGUAUUGUUCUUCUCACCAGCUCCAACUUUCUACAAAAUUAUAAAAAAGAAGGAUGUGGAGGAGUUCAAGCCUGAUCCAUACUUAGUUACUCUGUUGAAUUGUGCUAUUUGGGUAUUUUAUGGAAUGCCUUAUGUGCAACCACACGGAAUUUAUUUUGUUAUCGUAGAUGGGGCUGGCUUUGUGUUUCAGUUCGUCUAUCUUACCAUAUUUUAUGUCUAUGCCAACAAUAAAGGAAGGAAGAAGUUCCUUCUUUAUCUUCUUAUUGAGGUUAUUUUCUUUGCUGUCAUUGUUGUCAUAACAAUGUUGGCACUACAUGACACUACCAAAAGGUCAUCAGUUGUUGGUAUUCUUGGUAUUCUAUGUGCUAUCUUCAACGCACUGAUGUAUGUCUCUCCUCUUACCAUUAUGACAAAGGUUAGAAAAACCAAGAGUGUGAAAUAUAUGCCAUUUUGCCUCUCUUUGGCCAUCUUCCUUGAUGGUUUGGUCUGGACAAUAAAUGCUCUCAUCACCCCCUUCGCUCUCACCCACGCUUUCGGCAUUUAUGUAAUGAUUAGCACCAGUAUUGGAGCAAUAUCUGGACUUGUUCAACUCAUACUAUAUGCUUAUUAUUGGUGCAUGGGAGAAAAUAAUGUUGAUGAUGAUGAUGCUGAGCAUGUUCUAAAUCUAGCUGUGGUGUCAGUCUGAUCAGGCACUUGUUUAUAUUGU